GGGAUAGGGAAACAGGCAGGCAGGGGGGGGAAACCAACACACGCGAUGGACAGCAUGCGAUAACCUGAAGCUAUCACCACCGGGCAAUUUGUCCAUUAAUCCUAAUUCCAAAAAAAAAAAAAACAUGUACGACGAGCACUGGUAUAGCUUCACCUCCGAGGUGCAGCAGAGCAGACCAUCCGGCGCAAAGACGCGCCACCGUCGAGCCAACUCUCUGCUGCAGCAGCCAGAGGAGACCACCGACAACAACAUCCCCGAAGAGCCACUCCCAGCGCUUUUCGAAGACCAGGAAGACGUCAAUGCGCCCCCCGAGGCUACCGUUCUUCGACGGGCGAAAUCCUAUUCCGACUUCUACGACAUUGCGACUGCGCAUCUCGCUGGCAGCCAUGGAGGACCCAAGACCAAGAAGAACAAGAAGAAGACCAAUGGGCGGCGCAACAACCACAACCUCUGGGAUGCCUUGAUGAUUCCUGCGAGCGUGGCAUCGACGCUACCUGUGGAAGAAGACCCCUAUGACGAUGCGCUGGACCAGGAGCUGCUACAGGCUAGCCAGCAAGAAUAUCUCCUGUACCAUGACCAACUCGCCUUGACGGAACGGCAUUUGGGAACCCUGAUCGACGACGCCAACAGCGCGCUCAAAACCCUCGAGACUUUGUGCCAGUCUUUCCGAGCCGUUGAGGAGCAGACGACAUCCUUCAAGGCACAGUGCGACGGCUUGCUGGAGGAGCAGAAGCGUCUUCAAACUCUCGCCGACGAGGUCGGGACUGAUCUGCAUUACUACGCCUAUCUCGACAGUGUCAGCCGGCGCCUCAAUGCCCUGGGUGCGGGCCGCCUUGUGGACGACGACGCGUUUGGCGAUAUCCUGGCCAACCUGGACUCUUGUAUCGAGUUCAUGAUCCAGCAUCCUCAAUAUCGGGACGCCGAUACAUACCAGGCUAGAUAUCAGGCGCUACUAACCAAAGCCCUACACCUUCUCGAGGUCGGCUUUACGAACCGCCUGGAUCAGGUGUCUGGGGAACUUGCUCGUCAAAUCACCAACACUCAGUCCGAAUCCGCACGACAUGCCUUGGCUUAUGGUCGGUUUGAGGAGAUCCUAAUGAACUCCUAUUCGCUCAUACCCAACAUCCAGCGAGUGAUACUGGGAGCAUAUGACCAGAAUGGCCAGCCCAGGACUGGGCCAAACGCGGAUAUCUUUGCCAACACAGCCAACAAUCUCUUCCACGCCUAUUUCGUGGUGAGAGACCGCGACCUCAAGCCUCUGACCCAGCAUGAUCUUGCGACAUUCCAUCUCGAGUGCAAAGAAUCAUCAAUCGACACAGCGGCAAGGAACUACGUGAAGCAGUGCUUUGAACGGUCCUUCAGCGAGGCCACGCUUUUCCGUAAAAUCUUCUCUAUAGAAGCACCAUACUCCCCCAACCCCAAGUCGGCGUUCGCUGCCCUUAACUCGCAUCAGCGGUCACUCGUCACAGGGACAAAUAUUUCGCCCAUUGCCACCAACCUCCAGUCAAAGCUACAGGCAUGCGAUUUGCAAACCGUCUGCAAUCUUGUUGGAUGGGUCACGAACGAAUAUUUGCUCGUGGACUAUGAUGAGGACGAAACCCCUUUCGUUGCGCACUGCAGGGAACUUACCUCAAGGCUGCUGGCCGAGCAUCUCUGGACAUUUACCGAUGGCUUCUUCGACGCCGAAAUUACCAAAUCCAUUACCAAAGCCGUUGUUCCACCUGAGGCCUUGAAGCUUGGAGCAACCACUGCCGCCGAUGGCGGAUCAUCAGCGGCUUUCCCGGUGGUUAAGCGAGCAAUCGAGCUACUUGUUUUGUUCGACCAGUCUAUGCCAAAGGAGCGAUGUCAACGUAGCAGCCCAGUAAUCUUCAAACUCGUCCGCGAGACCAUCGCCGCCCUACAGCGCGCUGAAGUGCGCAUCAAAGCCGCCAAAAACGGCACCGAUUCGGACCUCUUCAUGAUCAAGAACCUUCUCAUCCUCAAAAAUGAGCUCCUCACCCUCGAGAUCGGAGACGUGCGCAACGGCACCGGCAUCGGUCAAGCCACAGGUCUAGGCAGCAGCAUCCAGCACCUCGGCCAGAUCUGGGAGAACCUUCCGACCGCCGGCAACCUCUUCGGACUGGUCUCCAGCUCCGUGUCCACUUUUAGUUCUUACAUUCCCGGCUCGUCCCUCCUUUCGCGCGCAGCUGGUAGCAUUACGGGUUCGAGUUCAGGCCUGACGACAACGACUACAGCGGGUGCGGCGGAGUCACAGGACGCGGGAGAGCAGUUGGAUGAGUUGUUGCGCCAGAGCAUUUAUGCGUUUACCAGAAGGUGGGCGGCCAUCUCUAAUGAAGUGAAGGUGAAGGCGUCGGUGGGCGGGAAGAACUCGACUCAGUUGGAGAGGGAGCUGGAUGAGAUUCUGGAGGGGGCGUUUGCUGCGCAGCCGGAGGUGGUGGAGAAGUUGAAGGAGGCGAUUCAGCUUGAUGCUCAGGCGCAGUUGACUGGUGGUCCCAAGUCCGGCACUGGUAAGGACAAGGGAAGUGUCUAUACGGGUGGCAGUAGGGCUAGCAAGGGGAGCAGUCGGAGGAUGUAACGCAUGAAGCAGCGCAGUUCUCCAAGUGGCAUAUUUCUUGAACUGUUGGACUUGGUUUAUAGGAUUUGAGCAAAGCCGGAAAACAUUAAUAUCGAGUUUGAUAAGUCAAACACAUUUUGAAUCCUCACCACCAAUGCCUUCG